UCAACUUGUCGAGAGCUUUUAACUGUACGCAGAAUUUGGGGACACAGCAGCCAUGCCUAAGCGAAAGAUAAACUUGAUGGAGGUUUGGCGCAGGAAUCGUGCUGCUCACCCGAACAGAGCUAAGAACCUAAAACUAUGGCCGCAUCAACUGGCACAAUUGAGAGACCCCGAAGUGGUGGCAGCCCUCCUUCAGCAGAAUGUCAAGAUGGCGUCUACUCCCUCCCACAGGCACCGAUGUGUUCCACCCUUCACUUUGGAGUCGCUCGCCGAGAUCGAGCGGCGGAUGGCAGAAGAGGCCGCCGAGCAGGAGCAGAUGAAGGCCCAGAAUGUCGAGGUGCCUGAGGAGGAUCUGCCCAAACCCAGCAGUGAUUUGGAAGCAGGAAAGGCCCUACCGUUCAUCUACGGAGACCCUCCGCCGAAUCUCCUCAAUGUUCCUCUGGAAGAGUUGGAUCCAUUCUACAAAGCAAAAAAAACGUUCAUCGUGAUCACCAAAGGGAAUACAAUAUACCGAUUCAAUGCUGAACCUGCAUGCUACUUUCUAAGUCCAUUCAGCCCCAUUCGACGUGUGGCCAUAAGAAUACUCAUACAUUCAUUAUUUAGCAUGUUCAUCAUGAUAACCAUCUUGUCAAACUGCGUGUUCAUGACGAUGGGUGACCCUCCAGCAUGGAGCAAAAUAGUAGAGUACGUUUUCACUGGCAUCUACACCUUUGAGGCGCUUGUGAAGGUACUGUCCAGAGGCUUCUGCAUUGGUGAUUUCACAUUCCUGCGAGAUCCAUGGAAUUGGCUGGAUUUUAUGGUCAUCUCCAUGGCGUAA